CGCUGAACGCCCGCGCCGCCGCCCUCGGAGCCCGGCGGCCGGGGAGCGGCCUGCCGCGGAAGCCCGCCCGCGCGCCCUCCCGCCCGGCCCCGCCAUGGCGCUGCGGCGCCUCCUGCUGCUGCUGCUGCUGCUGCUCUCGUUGGAGUCCCUGCACCUGCUGCCCGGCGCCCGCGCCGCCCGCGGCCGCGCCGCCAACCGGACCCUAAGCGCCGGCGCCGCUGCCGUCGGGGGCCGGCGGCCCGGGGGCGCCCUGGCCCGGGGCGGCCGGGAGCUGAACGGCACCGCCCGGGCGCCCGGCGGCCCCGAGGCGGGGAGCCGGCGGGGGCAGCCCGCGGCGGCGGUGGCGGCGGCCAGCGCGGCCGUCACCUACGAGACGUGCUGGGGCUACUACGACGUGAGCGGCCAGUACGACAAGGAGUUCGAGUGCAACAACAGCGAGAGCGGGUACCUGUACUGCUGCGGCACCUGCUACUACCGCUUUUGCUGCAAGAAGCGCCACGAGAAGCUGGACCAGCGCCAGUGCACCAACUACCAGAGCCCGGUGUGGGUGCAGACGCCCAGCACCAAGGUGGUGUCGCCGGGGCCCGAGAACAAGUACGACCCGGAGAAGGACAGGACCAACUUCACCGUGUACAUCACCUGCGGGGUCAUCGCCUUCGUCAUCGUGGCCGGCGUCUUCGCCAAGGUGUCCUACGACAAGGCCCACCGCCCUCCGCGGGAGAUGAACAUCCACAGGGCUCUGGCCGACAUCUUAAGACAACAGGGACCAAUCCCCAUAGCACACUGUGAAAGAGAAACUAUCUCAGCUAUCAAUACCUCUCCCAAAGAGAACACACCGGUCAGAUCGUCCUCCAAAAACCACUACACCCCCGUGCGUACGGCCAAGCAGACUCCAGGACAUUAUGGGAAGGAUACCCACCGAAGUGGAGGACCCGAUCUCCAUAACUUCAUCUCAUCUGGAUUUGUCACGUUAGGAAGAGGACACACGAAGGGUGAUCGUCAGUAUAACCAUCCGAUUUUAAGCAGUGCUACCCAGACCCCUACACAUGAAAAGCCACGGAUGAACAACAUCCUGACGUCGGCCACGGAGCCCUAUGACCUCUCCUUCUCCCGCUCCUUCCAGAACUUGGCCCACCUGCCCCCAUCCUAUGAGUCUGCGGUGAAGACCCACCCCAGCAGGUACUCAUCCCUGAAGCGGCUAACUGACAAAGAGGCUGACGAAUAUUACAUGAGGCGGCGGCAUCUGCCUGACCUGGCCGCCCGCGGCACCCUCCCCCUCAACGUCAUCCAGAUGUCCCAGAAGCCCUUACCGCGGGAGCGGCCCCGCCGGCCCAUCCGGGCCAUGUCACAGGACAGGGUUCUGUCCCCAGAGCGGGGCCUGCCCGACGACUUGGGCUUGCCCUAUGACCGCAUCCUGUCCGACGAGCAGCUGCUCUCCACGGAGCGCCUGCACUCCCAGGACCCGCUGCUGUCCCCGGAGCGGACGGCCUUCCCCGAGCAGUCCCUGUCGCGGGCCCUCUCGCACACGGACGUCUUUGCGUCCACGCCCGUGCUGGACCGCUACCGCAUGACCAAGAUGCACUCCCAUCCCAGUGCCUCCAAUAACUCCUACGCCACCCUGGGCCAGAGCCAGACGGCCGCCAGGCGCCAGGCCUUCGCCUCCCGCAGACACAACACGGUGGAGCAGUUGCACUACAUCCCGGGCCACCACACCUGCUACACGGCCAGCAAGACGGAAGUGACCGUGUGACUGGCCGGGCGGGGCGGGGCGGGGCGGGGCCGGGAGCGGAGCCCCUAGCCGCGUGUGGCCGCCCUGCCUUGUCCCCUCUGCGGGAGGUGGGGGCGGGCCGCCUCUGCCCAGAAAGCCAUACGCCGGGAGACACGGCCCCGGUGGCCUGGCCAGGCACGCUCACACCUGGGAUCUAGAGCGAUCUCUCUCACUCUUCCAGAAGCAUCCAGGGGAGUGAGGGGAGGGGCUAGGCCCCAGCCCCGCCUCCCCCCCCCCCCCACUAACUCCCUUCAGCCCCAUGUCCCGCCCCCCCUGCAGGUUCUGUCGGCCGAGAGACCCUGGCCUGACCUUGGUCCCAAGCCCCCCAUCCCCCGGGUUUGGACUGGCCAGCAGGUGCAGUCAACGGGCUGACCAAAUAGGCUACUUGGUCUCAUUCAUUUCCCUUCGACCGCAUCACAGAAAUCUUCUAGUGCCUACAAACUGUCUGCUUGCUCUCUCAGAGCCGGGGAGCUGCUGUCUCCAUAAGCACAAUAACGUUGUCUUCUGCCUGCUGGAACUCUCUGGUCCCCACCGAGUGGCCCUUCCCCCUGCCCUGCACCCCUCCCCCAAGCCCCGGGAUAGGGAGGGGUUCCCUUUCUUCAGCUGCCUCCCCCGUUGUGGGGAAACCCCCCCCCCCACCCAGUUCUAGCUGGUUGCCCCACCUGCAGCCCCCGCCCCCCACCGACCCCCUCCUCGGGCUCUAGGCGUGUGGCCCCCGAGCUCUCUGGGGCUUUGCUGGAGCCCACCCAGAGGAAAGUCACAAUGGGGUACAGGGACUUUGGGGGGUAUCCUCCCCAUCAACCCAUGUCCACCCUUCCUCCAGGCCUCUAGGUCUGAACUAUGGCCCCACACUCAGGCCUGCCUUCCCCUCCUUUGCUCUGCUCCCCAGAGGCCUCUCUGCCCGUGACCAGAGAGCAGAAGGUGGGGAGAGCCACUGUGAUGCCCCGGGGCCUCAGGGGCUCGCCAUCCCCAUCGUCCCGGGCUCUGCCUGUCUCCCACCGCGCAGGCUGAGGCAGAGGCCUCUAGAGAGGGUGGCUUGGCCCCCAGUGUUGGAGGACCCCAGGCAGUGGCCUUGAACCGUGCCCACCCCUCUCUCCCCACCACUGCCCACCCACUUGGCCCCUUCUCUGUUCAGUGCUCCUUCUCCCUGCCCCCUCCCCACUCCCCCUGCCCCCUCCCCACUCCCCCUGCCCUUCCAUUUCUCUCUCCUGGCUGUUGCUGCUUCAGACCAGUGCCUCUUCUGGCUCAAAGCAACAGAGACCCAUUGGCAAAUGCAGACAAUGCUACUCCAGGGCUCUGGGUCUGGGGGUUAACUGGGCAGCUCCCCACCCCUCCCCUGCAGGGGGCACUCGGGCACCAGGCGGACCCAGGCCUUCAGCUCUAUUGGGGGACUGGCCCCUGCCAGCCCAUCUCAGCCCUUUCUCUGCCUCCAACGUGGGCAGUGGGCAGGGUGUAACAGCCUCCUGGAGAGUGAACCGUGAACUAAGCAGCAUCCAACUCCUGAAGACCAGAGCCUGGGGGGAGAGAAGGGUCUCCCCCAUUCUCAGGGCCAGGGCACUUCCUUGGGCUGGGGCGCGGGGAAUCAGCCCCAGACUGGCAGGUGAAGGUAUGAUACAAAAAUAUACGACUGUCGCCACACUCAGACUCCAAAAGCAAUGACCUUAAACUGGGGUUUUAGGUUCCCCCAGUUCUGCAUACAACAUGUAUGGUCCUUUAACACGGGGGUCGGGCAGGAAGAACCCCCCCCCCCCAGCGUCAGCCCUUGGAAUUUUUAAUCUCACCACGUCUACGAUCCACCGAAAACUCAAUCGACUGAGUCCUUUUACUUAUUUCAAGAAUUCCAAAGCUCUUGUCUCCCCCUCAAGGCUCAUCAUGAGGGGAUUAAGGCUGGAGGUGGUGAACACAGCUCUCAGCUUCCCCACUGGGGGAGCAUCACUGAGACUGUGAGGCUGUGAGGACAGGGAUCACUCUCUGCUUUCCUCCCCUACAAACACAUAAACCUUCUCAAGGGGCUGGUCCCCAAGGUUUUAUGAGCGUUUGCUCCGGAAGGCAAGGCUAAGAGGGCUGGGGGGAGGAAGCCAAUCUAAACGGAGCAGUAGGGCACUCCCAGAGACGAGAGUGUACCUCUCACAGCUGGUCCCCCUAAACCCACUGUCCUCUAAUCCAGCCUCCCCUCUAAGGCUGCCUGCUGGUGCGGAGGGGAAAGGGUGAACAUCCCCUCGCCAGGUGUCUGCACACAUACACACGCCGAACCAGAAACCUGAUCUCAUCCCGGGUCAGAAGCAUCUUGGCACUGAGUUCUGCAGCCGUCAGCAUGAUGCUUCUCCCCUGCCCUGUCUGUCUGCCUGUCUGUCUCAGGGGUUGUUUGAUAGGUUGAUUCCAAAGCAUUUCUCAUUCCAGCCUUAUUGCUGUCUGGUUCAAAACCUCUGCUGUCAGUCAGAUCAGAAAAUCCUAUCUAACGCUUACUUUAUUUACAUUAUUCUUCUGCUUCUCACUUGGGUCAGGAA